AUGUACCAGCCCCAACCUACGGCGUUUCUCCAGGUGUCGACCGGGUAUGCUAUCCCGCACAGCCUCCCGGACUACACAUUCGACGAAACACCAUUGCGUCUGAGCGACGGUCGAGGUUCCGCUGCAGCAGGAGCGGGCAGUAGCGCGACGAGUGCGCUGCUGUACGGGACCUCCCUGUUCAGUGCCAAUAGUGCAGGUGUCGGCCCCGCACCCUCCGCGUCUGGUGGCUCCUUCAGCUUCCACUCCACCUCAUCUCCAUCUUCCACCACCACAGCUGCUGUCGCCGCUUCUUCAACCAUCACCGCACCAUCUCACCAUCGACCUUCACUACCGAUCUUGCUCAAGAUGGAGCCCAACACCGACGACCUCGUUGCCCAGGAGGCGGCAGCCCGGGAAUACCAACCACAUCUCGAGGUAAAUAAAAAAAAAUGCAGUUCUCAAAUUCCCAAUGCCCCGUCCCGUGUCUGUGUUUUUAGUGGUUCAAGGACCCCGCGCUCACCAAGCCCCGCGCCGCACACACAGGGACCACUCGUCGGCAAGAAGACACCUAGCUCAGCAAUUAUGGAGCAAUAUGCCGACGCCGACGCCAUCUACGUGCAGAAGACAAUGGCGCUGCCGCAAACAUAUUCGGACUACCGGCCUAUUCAAGGAGACGGGAAUUGCGGUUGGCGGGCAAUUGGCUUCGGCUACUUUGAGACAUUGGUCAAGAGCGGCAGCAAGGCCCGCAUCGAGGCGGAGAGGCAGAGGUUGGAAGGGCUGAACAGCCUGAUCGAGAACGUCGGCGAGUUCUCACCCUAUGUGUCUCAGGAUUUCGUCGACGAGACCCUGGCCCUCCUCUCGAAAAUGGCCGCCCUCGUUGGCCAUCGGGAGCAGGCCAUGACAGAACUGCGAGAGGCAUUCAACACACCCUCCAUCUCCGACUCGGUCAUGUACCACUUCAGGAUGCUGGCAAGCUCGUACCUCAAGGGUCACCGGGAGACCUACAGCGCCUUUGUCACCGGCGGCACGGGUGUCGACGGGUACUGCCUCGAGGUGCUCGAGCGCCACAACGUCGAGAUCGAUCAUCUCGGGCUCAUUUUGCUGGCCAACGUGCUUCUCAAAGAUGCCGGCUUUGUCCUAGAGGUUGCGUACCUCGAUCGGAGUCCCGGGCCCGAAGUCAACACAUACCGGAUUCCCGAGGAGGCCAAUGGCCGUCACCCGUCGGAGUUGGGCCCCAUCAUCCACCUCUUGUACCGCCCGGACCACUACGACAUCCUAUACGUCCCCGAGCCGGUCGACUUGCAGGUCCACCGCGUAGCCGGCUUCUCGCAAAGCUACGAGAUUGGGAGCGCGCCAAUGGCGGUGCACAACUUCAACUCUGUUGAUAUGCACACGCUGUCCCUCAUUCCUGGGUUCGCUAACUCUGCCCCGGGACUGGCGUCCAUGCUCGACACCACCCCAUCCCCUCUCACCACAUACAGCCCGAGCCCGGUGUCCCCGUGGGUAUCAUCGCCCUACGUAGACGCGAUACAACAGGCAUCGCCGGCACCGUUGCCGGUACCUACCCCAGUGCCCGCGCCACAGACGCAUCCCCUGCGGUUUAGCGAGUACUGCCAGUUGCCCGAAUAUGUAGGUAACAACACGUGGCGAGAACAGACGUUGCAGACGACGACGUUUAAGAACAGUCACUUUAACGUGGCCCACUACAACAACCCCAAUUUCCAACCGGAAGAGUACAAGCCCGGGACGGACGAGAGCGAGACGCCGCCGCGGGCCAGCGGCCGCAAGAGAGGCAGUGUAUAG